CCGCCGCCGCUGCCGCCGCCGCCUCCGCCUCGGCCGCGAAGCGAUGUAGGAGCCGCCAGGCCGUCCCCCGUCCCGCCCGGCCUGAGCCCCGCGGGCCGCCGCCGCCGUCGCCAUGAAGAAGCAGUUCAACCGCAUGAAGCAGCUGGCCAACCAGACCGUGGGCAGAGCCGAGAAAACAGAAGUCCUCAGUGAAGAUCUGUUACAGAUCGAGCGGCGCUUGGACACAGUGCGCUCCAUGUGUCACCAUUCCCACAAGCGCCUGGUGGCCUGCUUCCAGGGGCAGCACGGCACCGAUGCCGAGAGGAGACACAAAAAACUCCCUGUGACAGCUCUCGCUCAGAAUAUGCAAGAAGCAUCAACUCAGCUAGAAGACUCUCUCCUGGGGAAGAUGCUGGAGACGUGUGGAGAUGCUGAGAAUCAGCUGGCUCUGGAACUCUCUCAGCAUGAAGUCUUUGUCGAGAAGGAGAUCGUGGACCCUCUGUACGGCAUAGCAGAGGUAGAGAUUCCUAACAUCCAGAAACAGAGGAAGCAGCUCGCCAGAUUGGUUUUAGACUGGGACUCGGUCAGAGCCAGAUGGAACCAGGCUCACAAAUCUUCAGCAACCAACUUUCAGGGGCUUCCAUCAAAAAUAGAUACCCUAAAGGAAGAGAUGGAUGAAGCUGGAAAUAAAGUAGAACAGUGCAAGGAUCAACUUGCAGCGGAUAUGUACAAUUUUAUGGCCAAAGAAGGGGAGUAUGGCAAAUUUUUUGUUACGUUAUUAGAAGCUCAAGCAGAUUACCAUAGAAAAGCAUUAGCAGUCUUAGAAAAGGCCCUUCCCGAAUUGCGAGCCCAUCAAGAUAAGUGGGCAGAGAAGCCCGCCUUCGGGACGCCUUUGGAAGAACACCUGAAGCGGAGCGGGCGUGAGAUCGCGCUGCCCCUUGAGGCCUGCGUCAUGCUGCUCCUGGAGACGGGCAUGAAGGAGGAGGGCCUUUUCCGAAUUGGGGCUGGGGCCUCCAAGUUAAAGAAACUGAAAGCUGCUUUAGACUGUUCUACUUCUCACCUGGAUGAGUUCUACUCAGACCCCCAUGCUGUAGCAGGUGCUUUAAAGUCCUAUUUACGGGAACUGCCUGAACCUUUGAUGACUUUUAAUUUGUAUGAAGAAUGGACACAAGUUGCAAGUGUACAAGAUCAAGACAAAAAACUUCAGGAUUUGUGGAGAACAUGUCAGAAGUUGCCACCACAAAAUUUUGUUAACUUUAGGUAUUUAAUCAAGUUCCUUGCAAAGCUUGCUCAGACCAGUGACAUUAAUAAAAUGACUCCCAGCAACAUUGCAAUCGUGUUAGGCCCUAACUUGUUAUGGGCCAAAAAUGAAGGAACGCUAGCUGAAAUGGCAGCGGCCACAUCCGUCCACGUGGUUGCUGUCAUUGAACCCAUCAUUCAGCAUGCCAACUGGUUCUUCCCCGAAGAGGUGGAAUUUAAUGUAUCAGAAGCAUUCGUACCUCUCACCACCCCAAAUUCCAAUCACUCAUCCCACACUGGAAAUGACCCUGUCGACUCGGGGACCCUGGAGAGGAAGCGGCCUGCCAGCAUGGCGGUGAUGGAGGGGGACCUGGUGAAGAAGGAGAGCUUUGGUGUGAAGCUUAUGGACUUCCAGGCUCACCGGCGGGGUGGCACCCUAAAUAGAAAGCACAUAUCCCCUGCUUUCCAGCCGCCACUCCCGCCCACAGAUGGCAGCACCUUGGCUCCAGCGGGCCCAGAGCCCCCUCCCCAGAGCUCUAGGGCCGAAAGCAGCACAGGGGGUGGGACUGUCCCCUCCUCUGCGGGCAUGCUGGAGCAGGGGCCCAGCCCGGGCGACAGCAGUCCUCCAAAGCCCAAGGACCCUGCGGCUGCACCUGCCCCCGGGAGAAACAGCAGUCAGGCGGCCCCCGGCCAAAGCCAGGCCCAGGCCACUGCCGGCUCCCAUCAGCUCUCUGUGGGCCCUACGCACAAUUCCGCCGGCCCGAGCCCUCACACGGUGCGCCGAGCUGUUAAAAAACCUGCUCCAGCACCCCCGAAACCUGGAAACCCGCCUCCUGGCCAUCCCGGGGGCCAGAGUUCUCCAGGAGCAUCUCAGCAUCCACCCAGCCUGUCACCAAAGCCGUCCACCCGAAGCCCUUCUCCCCCAACUCAGCCGCCCGGCCAGGCCCCAGGCCAGCCCUGCGUCACCUCGCAGCUCUCCGCACCCCGGAGAUACUCCAGCAGCCUGCCUCCGAUCCAAGCCCCCAACCACCCGCCGCCGCAGCCCCCCACGCAGGCCACACCGCCACCAGCGCUCACCAAGCCAGGCAGCCAGGGCCCACUGGCCCCCGGGGCCCUGCCCGCCCUAAAAUCCCUAACAAGGCUCAUCAUUUGCUAGAACUCACAUCUACCAGAGAAACAAAUUCUUCAAGAUACUUGGCUGUAGGCUUCAUUAAAUCUGUGUCUGGCUUGUUCACUGUUGUGUCCUCACCGGUAGAAUGUGGGAGGUGCUCAGUAAGUAUUUGUUUAUGAAUGAGGGAAUCUGAGGCUCACCGUCUCACUAGGAAGAGGGCUGUGAUUGGUUAAGGUGUCUUGUGAGCAUGGGAGCGAGGGAUGAUGGCUUGAGGACCGUGUAUUUACUGUCUUGCCGAAGGAGUUCCAGCCAACAUAAUAAGACGUGAAAAAGGAAUUGGAGUUAUAUAAGUAUUGGCUUGGCCAAAAAGUUCGUUUGGGUUUUUCCAUGUUACAGAACCCGAACGAACUUUUUGGCCAGCCCGAUAUUAGAAAUAGAUGAGAAAAUUAAUAUUUGUAGGAGAUUUGGUGCUACACUCCAGUGAUUGUUCCCCCCUCCCACCCCAGGGACAUUUGGCAGUGUCUGGAGACAUCUUUUGUUGUCACACUGUGGGAAAGAGAGUUUGUGCCGUCAGCAUCUAGUGGGUUGAGGGCAGGGAUGCUGCCAAACAUCCCACAGUGCACAAGACAGCCCCACAGCCCAGAGGGAUCCGGCCCCAAGUGUCACUAGUGCCGAGGUUGAGGGCAUAGCAUUAAUAACAGGAGGACACUCACCAACCUCGGAGGAGGGAACUUUUCCCAGUGACGCUCAGCUAUUCCUGCAGCCCAGAUGUUGUCAGGAGGUUUCAGUUAAUGCGUUAGAGACAUUGGUAGGAAUAAGGUUUCCUCUCCUCAGUCACAGCAAGCAAAUCCUUCCAGGGUUGCAUCUCUGAGGACUGCCGUGCGCUCACAGAAAGGACCACCAGAGCCAGGAGGUGGGGCUGUGCCACGUGGCUGGCUGCCCCUGGGGUAUCAAAGGCUUGACUCAACUUCUCAGGGCUGAUGGUGCCUCUAGUAAGGGAGUGUGCGUGCAUGGGCUGACUCUCAAACUUUCCAGCUUCUCCUCUCCUCGGGUGGCCUCUGGGGUGUUACCACGCAUUGAUACCAUGUCUCCUCGUGUUUUUGUCCAGACGCCAAUUCUAGGGUUUCAGAACCGCUUCGCAGCAUCUUUCCUGAAACGCAUUCAGACUCAGCCAGCAAAGACCUGCCCGGCCGCAUUCUGUUGGAUAUGGACAAUGAUACAGAAAGUACCGCCCUGUGAAGAAAGC